UACACUUCCUCGGUAGGCAAACCUAAGAGGACUGAAUACGCGUCCAGAUAUUCUACUAACAUUUAACUGCUUCUCUACACACUCCCAUGUCGGCAUCCCAAAUCCCGAACCUAAACACCCUCCUGAGAAGUCGAGGUGGAGCUGGAAGAGGCCCUCGUCUCCGUGGGCGCGGAGCUCACACCGAUAGCACCAGUGGUCACCAUGGCCGAUUCUCGCAAAAUGAUAAAGUAAUUCAACAAACAGACAAUGAUGCAAGUGUUUCCAGAUUAAGCGCCGUUGAGCUGGGAUACUUGGAUGACCCAUUUGCGCGGGCGUUGAGCGGGAAUGGUGGGAUGCAAGGUGCUGGCGCCGGGAGAAGGUAUCCGAUCAUUAAUCGCGGAACGUAUGUCCGGACGGUCGCUAUAGAUGCCUUAGUCUCAUUCUUCCUAGAGUCGCAGCCGGAGCCGAAAAGUAAGAGAAGAAAACGACAGAUAAUAUCACUCGGAGCAGGGUCAGACACACGGAUCUUUCGAUUACUGGCCGAGAAACAAAUACCAGGUUCGGGCGAAGACUACUCCUUUGUCUACCACGAAUUGGACUUUCCAACGAACACCGCCGCAAAGAUCAGAACCAUCCAGGCCUCUCCAUUACUCUCCAACACGCUUCGGAAACAUUCUUCAAAUACAGACGGAGAUAUAAUAAUAUCAGAAGAAGGGGACGCCCUGCAUUCCACAUACCUCCACAUCCACCCCAUCGACCUCCGCUCCCUCUCCUCCCUACCAUCAUGCCAGACAAGAUUCGAAGGAAUCGACACCACUCUCCCCACCCUCAUAAUUUCCGAAUGCUGCCUAGUAUACCUUUCUCCAACCGAUGCUUCAAAUGUCCUUUCUUACUUCACGACCCUAUUCUCUCCCCAAGCGACCACGCUUCCAUCCGCUGAAUCUGACUCACCAACGCCCCUAGGGCUGGUCCUCUACGAACCCAUCCGUCCGCAUGACCCGUUCGGCAAGACAAUGGUCACGAACCUUGCUGCGCGUGGCAUACACCUCCAGACUCUGAACCAAUACGCGACUCUUGGCCUGCAAAGAGACCGAUUGCGAGCCGCGGGAUUCGUCACGGGUGAAGGGGCGGCGGAUAUUGAUUUUAUCUGGGAGAAGUGGGUAAGUCGGGAGGAGAAGGAAAGAGUGGCUAGGUUGGAGAUGCUAGAUGAAAUUGAAGAAUGGCGGUUGUUGGCGAGGCAUUACUGCGUGGCAUGGGGAUGGAGGGACGGAGAGGAUAGGGGCGAGAAUGUGGAACAUGUGUUUGAGGCGUGGAGAGGUGUAGAAAAUCAGCAAGAUGAGGGUGUGAUAUGAGUAGUCGCGCUGGGAGGCCUGUCCAAGCCGCCGUUAAUGAAAAAAAAUAGCGGAGCCAAACCAGGCAUGUAUCCAGAGUGAUCAUCGGUUCAUUUAUUCCAAUGCCGGUCCUCGAGACGAUCAGGACAGGCCGCAGUCAGUGCCUAUCUCGGAAGACAACGACUCCAUGUUGUCAGUGAAAACUUACAUGCGUUAGAAGCGGCAAUAAUGAUAUUCGUUUCUAUCAACCG